AUUGUAUUCAUUCUCUGUGUGUGAAAUAUAUUGUUUGUCUAUAUUCUAUCAUGGUAUCGGAGCACAGAUAUUCUCCCAAACUCUAGGCCUUGACGCCGUUUCUUUCUCUUUCUCGGCUUCACAGCCAUCCUCCUCUUACAGUGAUCUUUUGAUCGUUACCUAUGUCGAAGACCGGUGAUCCCUUUGCCGACCUUCCUGGCGGUUUGAAACUUUUUCUUUGCAAUCUUCACUCCCUCGUACCCACAAAAUUGGAAGAUAAUAAUUAUCCCUCGUGGUCAUCUACCGUGAAGGCUACGCUCGUUGCUCACCGGUUGUUUGAAUAUGUCGACGGAACCCUCAUGCCGCCCCCGACAACCAUACCUAAUGAGAAGGCACCGGCUGCUGCUGACAAGGAGCCGGCUGUCAAACCAAAUCCGGCUUAUGAACAGUGGUCUAUCAUCGAUGCCCAGCUGCGUGCCUCGCUUCUCGCCAUUCUAUCUCGAUCGGUUCAGAAUCUUGUGCAUCUUUGCCCUACCGCUUCUGCAAUCUGGGAUCAUCUCCAUCAACGCUACAUUGAUGGCGCACUCAAACUUGUCACUGCCCUUGCCUUAGCACGAGAGCCUGUCCCGGAACAAGAUGUGAUUCUUAGUGUUCUGCGAGGUCUCCCUUCCGAAUAUGCUUCCCUCAAACAAAAUAUUCGGACUAAUAUUGCAAAGCUUACCUUUAAUGAGGUGUCUUCUUGGCUCUUAUCCGAGGAACUCAAUGUCCAAAUUGAACAAAAUCUGCAUCUCGGCUCCUCGUCUAGUGGAUCUACUGAGCUUCCUACUGCCCUAUAUGCUAAUAGCUAUCGUGAUGGAGGACAGCGAGGCCGUGGCCGUGGCAGAGGCCGUGGCCGAAUGACAGGGAAUAAAGGCGGAGGUCGCUUUGGUGGCCGUGCGUCGUAUGCUCAGCCAGAUGGUCGUGGCCGAGGUAGUGCUCCACGCAAUCCCUCAUUAAUUUGUCAAAUCUGUGGUCGAUCCAACCACGGUGCUUGGCAAUGUUGGAAUCGCUAUGAUGAGGAGUAUAGUGGACCACCAUCUGCUCCUCACAAUGCCCACGCCUUGUACUCUGCUCACUCUGCGGACAUCAAUCAGAACUGGCACUUAGACUCAGGUGCAAGUACUCAUGUUACGUCUGACUUAUCACGCUUGCAUAAUCCUUCUCCAUAUCAUGGCUCAAACUCUGUUUUUACUGCUGGAGGACACUCUUUACCCAUCUCGCAUAUAGGCUCAGGUCAGGUUACUACACCCUCAGGAAUUUCUGAUCCUGGACAAUCAUACCAACCAAGUCACAUACCGGGGCCCAUGUGAGCGGGGAUUAUACACUCUACCAUCCAGCGUCGUUCCAGUGUCUUCGUCAUCUAAGCUUGCUGCGGCUCCACUGGUGAUC